GCUUCAACUCUGACCUGACCAAAAUGAACAUCGCAUUUAGUGCCGGCAUAGCUAUCAUCGUGUACAUUGAUACUGAGAUGAUGUCUUUCAUUGUUCAGCUGGACACCAAAUUUCAGGGUCAAGUUAGUGGGCUUCUUGGUAACCUAAAUGGAAACCCGGACGAUGACCUCCAGUUCCCAAAUGGAACCAUCAUGGAUUCUGGUUCAUCGCUGAAGGAACUUCAUGAGUUUGGUCUGGAGUGGUUGGUCAAAGAAGAGGACUCCAUAUUCACCUACAUAUCUCCAUUUGACUACAGCACUUAUCACUUUCCUGAAUUUUCUCCUACCUUCGGGAUUCCUGAUCUGAACGAAGUGAGUCAGGAAAUCAAAGACUUAUGUGGUGAUUCUGUUGAAUGUGUCUUUGAUGCAGUAACCACUGGUAGUCUGUCCUUUGCCAAUGCCACCCUGGUUGUGACCGGUACGAUUACUGAAGUCCAAAACUCGUUGGUGAAGAUUGUUAGCUGUGGCUUCCCAGGUGAUAUAGAGAAUGGGCAGAUGUCAGGGUCUGUGUAUCUGGUGAAUGCAACUGUUGAUCUGACUUGUGACGAGGGCUUUGACCUGAAAGGGUCCUCCAGACUGACCUGUAAAGCGGAUGGUCAGUGGUCAUCUGCCAUUCCUUUGUGCGUUAGCACACCCCAAUGGUUUGCAGGGAUCAUAGCGGCCAUUGUUGUCUGUGCUUUGCUCAUUGCUCUUGCAUUCAGCUGUCUGAUCUACUUUAUUUCGAAGAGCAAGAAAUCUUGACCUGAUAUAACCUUGAAUGAGGGCAUCAAGUAACGUGCGAAAAGGUAUCCCCUUUAGUCUGUUACCAAAUGGAGUAAUUUUCCAAACAAUAUCCAUUUGUAACUGUGCCAAGGCGUACAACGAAACUCUAGAAGUACACAAAUUGCAGUGGUUAAUUAAGAAUUUGCAAUUCUUUAACGUAAAUUUAAUUCGUGCUUGUUCACCUCUAACAGGACAACAUGUACUCUAAGAAAAACAAUUCGAUGUCAACACGCGUGGCAUUCUUUUUCUCAGCCCCAGGUGAAUCGCAAAGCUGCUGGGUAAAAAGAUCAAAAUGCUGGGUACCAUAGUGGUUGUGCGAAUGACAUUUUCUACAACCGUUGAGUAAAGUAGAACAAAGUUGCCAAUUUGUCAGGAGAGCACAUCGGCCAUUUUUUUUUUUUAAUCUCUUCCGCUAUAAAUUUACUCUGUCGCAUUGUAUGCAAGUUGAAAUGUUAUGUUUAUGCGCUUCUCCAUCUGUGUAGUUUGUACCUGUGUGUAUAAGAAGAAAGUUUCUGCGAAUUUUUGUAAGGUAUGUAACCGACGUGCAUUUGAAGCCAAGAUGUAAUAAGAACAGGCAUAUAAAGGAAUAUGAAUGGUUUGAGUUAGUAUCAGUCGGUCAGAGAGCCAAAAGAGCGGGAUUUAUUUUAAGUUUAAUAGUAUAGUAGCAGUAGCGUAAAGAGGUGUUAAUUUGACAGUCAAACAGAUGGAAUCAAUACUUCCACGAGUUCAUACUUACUGCACAUGGCCAAAACGAUUUUAUCAGCUGGAUGUGGCCGAAGAAAUUUGGCAACAAAUACCAUGGCAAGUAUGACCUUAUUCAUUGUAAAAAGGUUGGUUAAUUUGGGGUUGAUAUUUUGCCCAAUGUUAGUGUAAAUAUCAACUUCCCAAAUUCUUCCCAAUCGUUGGUCAAUGUUUGACCAACAGUGAUGGAAAUUAACCAACAAUGUGGUAACUUUAACCAAGGUUGGGCAAAUAACAAAUGCGCAGUGUUUGACCAAUUCUUUUUACAGUGUUCACAAGUCGGUCAUGUUGAAUUCAAAGCGAGAUUAUUACUUCUGGGAUGGACCUGGGGUCGAUUUCAAAAUACUAUGAUGAAUACCUUUACAGUUUGUGAUUUUUAACUGAAUUUUGUAAUCGACAUUUUUUUGAAAAAUAAAAAUGGGGCAUGGAAACCAAAACAGAUGGAUCCAGGGAACGUGAUCGAAAAUGGCUUCCGUACGGUCGAAUAGGGUCGAUUUAAGAUCUGAUAACAAUAGCAAAUCCGUUAGAGUGUGAUGGCUUUAAGUAUGACAGAGGUUUUUCUAUCCAAAAUGUAUAUAUCUUUUAAAAUUAGCGUCGCAUCACUUAUUGUCUUUGAAUUAACUUUCAACUAAUUAUUCACUUUAGAUUUAGAUGUUCGUGUUUCCAUCUAAAUACACUUAUGAAAAAUAUCUAAAUGUGAGUGUUAGAAUCAGUUUUCCAGAAAUAAAUUGUAUGUGUUACACAGAACCAGCUACAAUUACGCAAAAUAUUUCUUUCAAAUUCUUUCUAUUGUAUUGUAAUAAUCAUCAGGAUUGUUUUGCUCAUUGCUUCCUAUUAAACGGAUUUCGUGUCUUAACACAAAA